GUUUCUUCCAAGUGGUAUCAGCAAAGAUGACUGCGACUCAUUCGCGGAUCGCUUGUCAUGCCUGUCGCCGUGGCAAAAGACGCUGUGAUAGAGUCUUUCCAGCAUGUCAACUGUGCAUCCGCAAGGACAUGCACUGCAGCUACCCAAGACCCCCAGCAAAGCGCUCGUAUACUCCUGAAAUUGUCUGGGAUGACGAGCCGUUACGAGAAGACUCAUCUUUCUCCGAUUACCAUCCACUUCCACAGGUUGAACAAACACCAUAUCUGGAUUCAGCGUUCGAUACAGCGAGAGCUGUCCAAUUCCUAGCGCCUAGGAUAUUCCGCGACAUCCAGCUAGAAAUCCCUCGCCUAGAACUUCCAGUGCCAAGUGAUGUUGCGGCUUACGUCGGAGACCCUCAACAAAUCCGCGACAUAGCUGCCGUGUUGUUUUCUCAGAAUGCCUCAUGGCUGCCAAUAGUUUGCCGGAAGCGCUUCUUCAGCUCUUUACUUAACCCACUAUCUCCCCGACAAGCGGACGGCGUCUUAUUGGCUCUGUGUGUCAAGCUCUACUGUACUACAACGGUUCAUCGUGGAGACAGCCCAAAGACAGCUCUCUACAGAACAGUAAAAAGGUACCACCAUGAGAUCGAGGCCGCGGGCAUCAUGUCCCUACAGGUUCUCCAAGCAACAAUCUUCAUUGCGCUGUACGAAAUGGGCCAAGCAAUUUACCCUGCCGCAUAUUGGACCGUCGGCACCUGUGCCAGAUAUGGCAUUGCCCUUGGUCUGGAUCAGCUAAUGACCAACAACAACGGGUUUGAUGGACCCUGGAUGGAAGUUGAAGAAAAGAGGAGAAGCUGGUGGGGAGUAUUGGCUCUAGAUCGCUUUUUGAACUUCGGAGACCCUUCCAGACAUCUGGCCACAAAUGAUCCCGAGAUCAACUACUAUCUUCCGAUUGAUGACCAGUCUUUCAUAGAAGGAAACAUAGCGCACAAAGAUGCUAUUCCGAUAUCAGCCGCAUUCCAUCUGAAGACGGGCAGUUUUGCUCGACUUGCUCAAGCCACAUACUUGACAAGCGAAGCCCUCCGACUGGCAGCAUCUGCCGCUUCAUCUAAAGCGAACAGUCCGACGUGUUUGAAGGAGGAUACAGCACAAUUGCGGCGCACUCUAGAAGCACAGGUCAAUGCCGCGGAAGAAGAGCAUACAGCUCGGAGAUUGUCAUUUUGCUGUCAGACAAUGUUUUCUUACUGCGGAAUAUUUUUACUUCAAGACCAGCACUGGCAACAACUUCGCAUCGGUUCUGCUAUAGUUGCAGAUAGUCACACGUUUCCCGAGACCAAGCGGGCUCUCGAAGUCUUGGGGCGUUCGGCAUUAGUUCUUCGAAAGGACUUUGAGAACGGAGGGCCUCUAGAAGAAGGCUUGCCCAUCUUCUUCAUGCAGACCGUAUAUCUAGCGGCAAUGAUGGCCAUGGAAAUUGGACAGGGUAAUCCAGACAAGGAAACUCAAGAGAAGAUUGAUUCUUUCAGAUGGCUUUUAGAGUAUCUUCGAUCGCGCUGGAAAGUGGCCGAAAUAUACAUGGAAAUUUUAGAUGCAAAGAAAGCAUUCCAUGACUUCAAUAGUAUACCUGUAAGCAGGACUACUUGACGAAAGCCUCAUCAGCUUGGCGACUCAAUGAAGACAGAGCGUUUGUUCAAUUUAGUACUAGAUCGGGCGCUCUACCAUGUCAGCGCAUCGAGAUCUAUGCUCCAUAAACAAUACGCGAUCGCAUACACUCCAAUCCAGUUUCUUAGCAUUGACACCCAAUCUUUUUCGCGAACAAAUAUCCUACCGUAUAUAAUGGCCCAUUUGACAGCAUGUGGUCGCAGAAUAUGUUAGCCAAGAUAAGACCCAUUGCCCUCUGACCAGGAGAGCGAAUUCAUCGGCCAGUUCAAGCUUGGAGAAAUAAAAUUUGGAAUUGUAUCCUAG